GCGUAGCAACGGGAGGCUGCACGUUGGACGUGCAAGGUUUUUGGUGCCCUAGUUCCCGGUGCUGCACACUGUCACCUGGCGCUAUCAUAUCUUCUCUUUGCACGUGGAGUGGCCACGUGCGGACAGUGCGGAUGCUCAACCAAACUUCGGUACGGCUGAAACUUUCUUUGCUCAGAUUCGUUCAUCGACUUGCUGAACGGAGGAUGGUUUAGGCAUCCCUUUCAUGGAACAUGGAGCAUUGCAGCUGUUCCGCAGUGUGGGUCGUGCGCUGUUCGGGCGGCACCUCGUGCUCACCAAUGCAACGAUAUCGACGGUUAUGGGGGUUGCCGGAGACCUUGUACAGCAGCACUAUGAGAUUCUGUCUGGGCACCAGGCUCAAGUUAGCAGCGUCCGGACAUUCCACAUGGGGGCCGCCGGACUCACAACUGGCAUGAUUUCUCAUUACUGGUAUGUGCUACUGGAUCGCUGGAUGCUCGGACGGUCCCUGCGUACAGUCCUUCUGAAGGUGCUGUACGACCAAGUGGUGUUUUCACCCAUUAAUCUGACAGUCUACUUUGGAACGGUUGGCAUUCUGGAACGUUCUGGCUGGGCUGAGAUGCGGAGCGAGAUCUGGGCCAAAGGAUGCACCAUCUACAAGGUGGAGUGGUUCAUCUGGCCCCCGGCACAGUUCCUCAACUUCUAUGUGCUCCCGCUAAGGUACCGCGUCUUCUUCGACAACCUGGUAUCAUUUGGAUUCGACGUGUACUCACCCUACGUCAAGUACAAAGACAAGAGGGAAGACUCAUAACACCGGACUGCUUUCUUUUUUCAAUUGUGUUUAAAUGAAGACUGUCAAAUGAAGGUACCAAACACCAACUUAUCUUACAAGAUGAUAAUGAUGUAUCUGCACCAAGCCAAGCUUGUCGAGACACGUGCCUUUGGUAUUAGUGCAAGAAACAAGUUGCUUGCUUUCUUCCUGUAAAGUAAUGCCUCGUGAUAGAAACAUUUAAUUGUAAAGAACUGGAGCUGUUGAACAUGCGGGAGGAUGUCGUGCAUCAUAUACCAGUAUGAUACUUUAGUGCUUCGUGGCUUUGAGCUACCUUUGUGCCAUAAAAACCUACGCACCAACCAACUACAUAAUGUGAUACUGUUCAAACUGUUUUAGACAGUCUACACCACUCGCACUAAAACACUCAGCAGCUUCAUUACGUUGACAGAAGCUAUUGCACUAGAAAUGAAUAGUGUGGCAUCAAAUGUCAACUGCUUAAAGGGACACUGACAGGGUAUUUAUGGUCGCUGAAGUUUUUAUUUGAAUAUGACCUAUAAGAGCCCAACUUCCCAGAACACAAUUUGCGGCUCAAAAUUUGUUCUUUUUCCGCCGGAAAACAGCCGGUUGAGAAUUCGCCAGUUUCAAUCGCGCUCACUCUCGUUUCCAUGGUCAUGUGGUGCUCAAAACUAUGUGUACCAAAUGUACCAAAUAUAUUUUAGGUCGUGGGUUAUCUUGGACACAGAUUAAUGGUAAAAAUGGAAAAGGUUAUGAACCCUAAUUUUUGUGGCCUCCAAAAAGCUGCAAAUGCGUCGGUCAAAAAAAAAAAAAAAAAGGUGCACAGAUUACAGGAAGUGCAUGAACACGCCAAUCUCAAUAUGGCGACGUACCGCAGGCUGGACGACACGAUGGCGGCGCACUACGGACGAACGUUGUGACGGACGUGGGGCCGCUACUUCAAAUCUGUUGUUCUUGGUGCUGGCCAAUAGAUUUUCAAGUGCAGAACAUUGAGCGGAAGGGAUAUAAAUGCGGAACAAUCGCACGACAAACGGUUCACGCAAGUUUGUCGUCAUUGUCUGCUUCAGAAACCGGAGAAGUAGAGGAAAAAAAAAAAAAAAGAAGCGCUGUUGGGUGUAGCCACAUGACUUCUGGUCAUGAACUUCCGUGCUCGUGUUUCAGUUUCGAGCAGCUGAGAUUUUUAGGCUUUAUUAAAAAUAUAUGUGACUCUGCAGCAAAAUAUUGAUUGGGUAGUCUCCUGACCCAAUAAUAAAUCACGAACUAAUAUUUUUUUUUUUUUUUUUUUGGGGGGGGGGGGGGGGGGGAUGUUGGUGUUAGUGUCCCUUUAAAGUGAAGUGAAAACAUUGGUGCCUCGAUUUAGCAUCAAGCUUUCGUUGAAGAUGUUAUUUUAGUGGUUGGUGCUACCUCGGGCAAUUUCGAAAGCUACUUUCAUAAAUGAGUGUGAAAUAUUACUUGGAAAUUUUUGCAGUGGGCUCAGGAGCAGUCCGUUCAGCAAAGUGGAAUGAUUAUGAUGUGUGAAUGCAUAACUUUUCUGAGUAGCCAACAGCGCCACCAAAUCACUUCUGACACCACUGUCCUGGCAUGUUACCUUGUGGAUGGAAUUUCUGUUUAAAGCAUUCCUGCAAACCACUGCAGGAUAGUGCCGGGCAACAGCAUGACUCUGAUGACGUCAUCAGGCAAAAGUUGAGGGACCACAAAUGAGGAUGCGGUAAACACAGCAGUCAGAGGCAUGUUUCAGGCACCAUAACCAUGCUAGCAGUAUAGCGGUUCACCACACACCGUUUGCCUGAUGCCAGCUACUGGCCAAAACUACCAGAAUAUCCAGCGCUUUAGCCAAAUGCGGUUAUGCCGAAAGACUGCAAGAUUUCCCUGCUUUCCAGGCAAUGAGUCCGUGCGCUAUUUCUGUGGCACCGGGGCCAAUGAGAUUAUUGUGGAAACAGUGUAAAAAGAAACGACGAAAGAGAAAGGCCUUUACACUGUUUCAACGACGGACGCUCGCCAACUUGCCCAACUUUCCAUUCUAUUAAUGAGCUGGCGCAUUUAGCAACGUAGUGAUGCCACGGCAACUCCUCAAAGAAGUUGCUGCUACACUGUCCUCCCUUUCAGAAGGGGCUUUGCGCAGCAUAUUUUCAUUCAGCGUCCCCAAUGCAAUGGCACCAUCUCCAGUGGUGUCGCAUGCUUACCGCACCUGCAAAACGGAGAUCAGUGUGGCAUCCUCAUGUUGGACAGCGGUGCCAGUGGUCGGUGCCGCUCGUAUGUUCGUGCCUCGUGUGAAAUUUUCGCCACAAGUUUGCAGCGCUUUUUACAUAGACUGUCAUAUAGCUGUUUUUAUUUAUUUUUAGUACAUCUACUAUUAUGGUGGGGUGUUACCACCCUGCUAGUUUGCUUCAUUGCAUUUUUUCAAGAAAAAAAAAAAUGGCCAUGCAGUGUCCAUUUUUACGGAUGAAACUGACCUUGCCAUUUCAGCCAAUGUAAGGCCGGAAUUUUAAGCGUAUCAUCAUGGAUGAGCUUCUCCCUUUCAUUUUGGACAAAGCAAGCAACAGAUUACGAGAAGCGAGCCAAAGAUGCCGCCUCUGAGCUCGCCGAAGUGAGCAGUUGUAGUAAACGUUUGGAAUGCAUAUUAAUAAAGCAAAACUUAGGAAGUAAUCUGGCAAGGUUGCAGAGACAUCUGUCUGCAUUCUCAAAAUGAACUACCUUAGGAUGUUGUUUGCUGAGUGAUGGCUAGAUCUGAUAGCUUGACCAAUGCCUGGCACUAUUAAUCGGCAAUAAACGUGAAAUAUAUAAAUGGAAGAGUAUUUAAACUUGUUACCUGAAAGACUUUCAUUGGAUGAAUAAAUUUAUUUUGUUUCAUA